AUGUCCCCAAUACACAGGACAGCCCUUUUGCUAUGGGCAGCACUACUAGCAUCCUUCUUCUUGGCAGGCCUCACACUCGCACAGGACCCGCAAGACAGCAUAUCAUACUUUGACAACUCGGCGGCUAAGCUAUUCUUCUUUGACGACUCUUCUACUGUGCUUUACCAUGAUUUGGCGGACAGAAACAUAUACAUCUCACAGGAUGAGGGAAAGAGCUGGGACAGGGCUGCGGACAUUCCUCAGGGGGAAGCAGCCAUGCUCAUCGAGCAUCCCUUUGACAACAAAUACGCUUUCGUCAUGACCAGCGGCAAGACACACUACCGCACCAGCGACCGCGGCAAGACUUGGCGAUCCUUCGACGUCCCAGUCAAGAUGGCAUUUACCCCCGUUCCUCUCUCCUUCCACUCAGAUCCGGCCAAGUAUGGCAACAUCCUCUACCAGGGUGCAGAGUGCACGAGCUGGGGUCCGUUCGGCGAGAGCUGCAGGGACGACACAUACUACACCCUCGACGCGUUCGACUCGCCUCCGCAGCUGCUGCGCCAGGACACUGCUCGGUGCGUCUUUGCACACAGUACCUCCGACUUCAAGCACGACGCGCACCCGGACCGCGUCUUCUGCGUCGCCUUCGACGCAUCCACCCUCGGCGGCAUGCACUCCAUCCAGUCAUCACGACUUUACUCGACCGCGGACUACAAGACCUUCCAGCUCGAGGAGUUCGGGAUCGGCAAGAAAGCGCGCGGCGUUACCGCCUUCGCCAUCGUCGGCAAGUUCGCGGUCGUCGCUAUCAGGGACGAAGCGAGCAACACGGGCGAGAUGAUUCUCUAUGUGACGAUGGACACAAACGAGUGGGCGCGUGCGCAGUUCCCGCACGCGAGUUCGGCGAGUCUGCGGGAGAACGCGUACACGAUCGUCGAGAGCACCGUGCACUCGCUCGCGGUCGACGUGAUCCUGCAGACGCAGGCGGCGGUGGGCACGCUGUUCGUAAGCAACAGCAACGGGACGUUCUUUGUCGAGAGUCUGCGGGACACGAAUAGGAACGAGGCGGGCUAUGUGGACUAUGAGAAUAUCUAUGGCGUCGAGGGGAUCGGGAUUGCGAACACGGUUUCGAACGCGCAGGAUGUGGAGAGGAAGCAUGAGCCGAAGAAGUUGAAGUCGGUGAUCACGUUUGACGAUGGUGCCUCCUGGACACCGCUCCGUGCCCCUUCCCAGAAUCACGACGGCUCCUCGAUCGGGUGCAACCCGUCAGACACGGACGCCUGCUCGCUGCACCUGCACAGCGUCACCGACUCGCGCAACCUCGGCCGCGUGUUCUCGUCUCCGGCCCCGGGGCUCGUCAUGGGCGUCGGCAGCGUCGGCGCCUCGCUGAAGCCGUACGACGAGUGCGACACGUUCCUCUCGACCGACGGCGGGCUCAGCUGGCGCAUGGUGCACCCCGACGCGCACAUGUACGAGUUCGGGGACUCGGGGAGUGUGCUCGUGAUGGUCAACGACGAGGAGGCGACGAGGGAGGUGGUGUAUUCGGUCGAUUUUGGGCGGAACUGGAAAACAUACACACUCCCGAUCCGCAUCCGCUCGCGCUACCUCACCACUAUCUCGGACUCGACCUCCCAGAAGUUCGUGCUGCUCGGCCAGGUCGCGCGUGAGGACCAGCAGGCGGGGAAGGGCCGGCACGCCGUCGUGUUCCUCGACUUUGCGGGCACGCGCACGCGCAAGUGCGGCGACGGCGACAUGGAGCGGUGGUACGCGCGCUCUGCGGCGGACAAGGAGUGUCUGAUGGGCACGAAGCAGUAUUAUAUGCGGCGCAAGCAGGACGCAGACUGUUAUGUGGGGGAUAAGUUCAAGGAUCCGGUGUUGGAGGAGGAGAGCUGUGCGUGCGAGGAUCAUGAUUUCGAGUGUGACUAUAACUUUGUGCGGAGCGGGGACGGCUGUGUGCCGUCGGGCCCGGAGCGCGUGCCGAGCGACAAGUGCACGACGGGGAGACAGGACGAGACGUACAUGGGCUCGUCGGGAUACCGCCUCAUUCCGGGCAACAAGUGUGAUCGUGGGCGAGGCGUCGCCAAGGAUGCGCUCGUCGAGAAGAAGUGCUCCGAGGCGCAACCAGCCGAGGGCGAGGUCGUGCACUCUGUCUUUGAGUUCCCGGGGAAGGUCGUCCAGCACGAAUUCUUCAAGGAAUCUUCGGUACGUCGUAUUACGAUCCUCGUCCGGCUCGACGACUACUCGAUCUGGCAGUCCUCGAACGAGGGCUACACCUGGGAGCAAAAGUUCCCGGGCGACCGCUUCCUCGUGUUCUACAUGCACUCGCACACGCACGACCGCGCCUACCUCGUCACAGACACGACCAAGUUCUACACGACGACGGACCAAGGACGCUCAUGGAACCCGAUGACGGCGCCGUCCCCGCCGAACACGUUCCGCGCGGACGUGCUGCAGUUCCAGCCGCGCUCGGACUACCUCAUCUGGACGGGCAACGUCGGGUGCGACACCGUGGGCGGGUGGGGCGAGAGCUGCCGCGCGCAGGCGCAGUAUAGCUGGAACAACGGGCGCGACUGGCGCUUUGUCGAGGAUUAUGUGCGGACGUGUCAGUGGGCGCGGGACGAGGAGCUGCGCAUCGAUGCGACGCAGAUUCUGUGCGAGAGCUGGCGCGACAAGGCGGGCGCGCAGGUGACGUUUAAUCAGGACAAUAACGCGAUGCAGCUUGUGGGCGGGACGGAGUAUUUUGAGAAGAAGCGGAUGCUGUUUGAGCGCGUGGUUGGGUUUACGAAGUUUUCCGAGUAUUUGAUUGUGGCGGAGUAUUUGCAAAGACAGAACGCGCUGGAUCUGCAGGUCUCCCUGGACGGGCGGACGUUCGCGACGGGCAUGUUCCCGCCCAUGUUCCGCCCUGACGCUACGCACGCGUAUACCGUCCUCGAGUCGAGCACAAUGUCUAUCUUCCUGCACAUGACGACGCACGACUGGCCCUCGCCCUGGGGCUCGAUCCUCAAGUCGAACAGCAACGGCACGUACUUUGGCGUCUCGCUCAGCAAUGUCAACCGCAACGAGCUCGGCUACGUCGACUUUGAGAAGCUCAUCGGGCUCGACGGGAUCGCUAUCGUUAAUAUCGUGGCGAACCCGGCCGAGGCGGCGAUUACGGGCCGAAAGGUGCUGCAAUCGAGGAUCACACACAAUGAUGGCGGGACGUGGAAGCCGCUCGAGCCGCCCAAGACGGACUCGUUGGGGCAGCCGUACGAGUGUCGUGCGACGUCCUGUGCGCUGCAUAUACACGGCUACACGGAGCGCCCCGACGCGCGCGCGACGUUCUCUUCGCCCUCGGUCGUCGGCGUGAUCAUGGGCGUCGGCAACGUCGGCGACGUGCUCACGCCGUAUACGCAGUCCUCGACCUUCCUCUCGCGCGACGGCGGGUUCACGUGGGAGGAGGUGCACAAGGACGCGCACCUGUGGGAGUUCGGGGACAGCGGCGCGCUGAUCGUGGUCGUGAACGACGAGGAGCCGACGGACCAUGUGCUGUUCACGACGGACGAGGGGCAGACGUGGCGCGAGUACAAGUUCAGCGACGUGCGCAUGCGCGUGCAGAGUAUUGUGACUGUGCCGGAGGACACGAGCAGGAAGUUCAUGUUGCUCGCGCGGAGCGUGGGCGGGAGCGGGAGCACGAUGGUGUAUAUUGAUUUUACGAGUUUGACGCAUAAGCAGUGUGUGCUGGAUCUGGACAACCCGGGGGCGGACGACUUUGAGUUGUGGAGUCCAAGUGAGGAGCGGAACGAAGUAUGCUUGUUCGGCCGGCAGACUCUAUAUCACCGUCGCAAACGCGACGCCAACUGUGUCGUCGGCAAGCGGGAGAAGGUGAAGGAGUCCAUCCAGCGCGAAUGCGCAUGCACAAUGGACGACUUUGAAUGCGAGUUCAACUACGUCAAAGAUGACUGGGGCGACUGCGUUCCCGUGCCCGGCACAACAGCCCUGGCGUCGGACGAUUCAUGCCGGGACGACGAAGACUACUGGUAUGACCGCACGCCGUACCGGCGCAUCCCCUACUCGUCGUGCGUCGGCGGCGAGCGCCCCGACCGCGGCGCGGCGCACGUGUGUCCCGGUAUCCGCGCACACGGGUUCUGGUUCUGGUUCUGGGUUCUCAUCUUCCCCUUUGCGGUCACGGGCACCUUGACGUGGUGGUGGUACAAGAAGAGUGGGAUGGCGAGAGGGACGAUCCGCUUGCCCGGAGGCGGCGAGCGUAUGCCGAUGUACCGUCCAUUCGACGGCGACUCUGGGGCGCUCGCGACGCUCGCGAGUGUUCCGUACUUCCUCAUUGGCCUCGCGGGCAUUGCAUGGGAGUAUACUGCGUCCCGCAUGUCGAAUCUUGACUUGCGCAUCCGGUCAAGAAGGGGUUACAGGAACAUCCCUGUGGACGAGGAUGCGCAGAUAUUGAGGUUCGAGGACGAGGAAUAG